CAUCGCCCCCCGCCCCCCUGGGGACCCGCCGCCCGCCGGCAGAGCCAUGAAGCUGCAGGCGGUGAUGGAGAACCUGCAGCGGCAGCAGCGCGCGCGGCUGCAGCAGGCGCUGGAAGCGCGGCAGCAGGAGCAGCAACAGCAGCAGCAGCGCUCCACGCCGCCCCCACGCAGCCCCCGCCGCCCCCGGGGCAGACUCCCGCCAGCACCACGGCCCGGGGCCGAAGGAGCAGAGCCUGAGAGCGCGCACAUCCAGCGGGCGCAGAUGGCCGCCCUGGCCGCCAUGCGGGCAGCGGCCGCUGGCCUCAGCCACUCGUCCAGCCCGGGGCUGUCGGACGAGAGCCAGGCCUCCGAGGAGGAGGAGGAGGAGGAGCGCGGCGAGGAGGAGGAGGAGGAUGGCGGGUACCAGCAGGAGAUGGGCUCUGAGGAGGAGGAAGAGGAUCUGAAGGGCAAGUGGGAUGAAGACGACUUUGAAGAGGACCUGGGCGAGGAGGAGGAGGAGGAAGAGGAGGAGGAGGAGGAAGAGGAAGACUAUGAGGAAGAGGAAGACAUGGGAGAGGAAGGGCUCAGCUCGGCAGAGGCGGUGCGGGCAGGCGCGGGAUCCCUGCUGCUCCGCAAGCCCCCGGCGCCCCAGCACUACCGGGGCGAGCCGCAACGGCUGCCGGGCGGGCAGGAGCGGCUCCCCUCCGGACUGGGCCACGCGCAGCCCCCGCCGCCGGCGCCCGACCACGGCGACUGGACCUACGAGGAGCAGUUCAAGCAACUGUACGAGCUGGACGGCGACCCCAGGAGGAAGGAGUUCCUGGAUGACCUCUUCAGCUUCAUGCAGAAGCGAGGGACCCCCGUCAACCGGAUCCCCAUCAUGGCCAAGCAGGUGCUGGACCUGUACAUGCUGUACACGCUGGUGACGGAGAAGGGUGGCCUGGUGGAGGUCAUCAACAAGAAGCUGUGGCGGGAGAUCACCAAAGGGCUGAACCUGCCCACCUCCAUCACCAGCGCUGCCUUCACCCUGCGCACCCAGUACAUGAAGUACCUGUACCCCUACGAAUGUGAGAAGCGAGGGCUGAGCAACCCCAACGAGCUGCAGGCGGCCAUCGACAGCAACCGGCGGGAGGGCCGCCGGCAGGGCUUCGGCAGCUCCCUCUUCACCUACUCGCCCGGCGGCACCCAUGGCCUCCUCUCCUCCCCCAAGCUGCCGGUGCCGGCGCUGGGGCUGGCCUCCGCCACCAACGGCGGGUCCAUUGCUCCCGUCCAGAAGAUCAAGAAAGAGGAGGACUCCCCCAUCCCCAUCUCCAUGCCCAGCCGGCUCCCCGUCUCGCUGGCUGGCCACCCCGUGGUGGCAGCCCAGGCGGCCGCGGUGCAGGUGGCGGCGGCCGCCCAAGCCGCGGCGCUGGAGCAGCUGCGGGAGAAGCUGGAGUCGGGGGAGCCCCCGGAGAAGAAGAUGGCGCUGGUGACGGACGAGCAGCAGCGGCUGAUGCAGCGGGCGCUGCAGCAGAACCUCCUGGCCAUGACGGCCCAGCUGCCCAUGAGCAUCCGCAUCAACAGCCAGGGCACCCAGAACCGCCAGGACUCCGCCACUGGCCUGAGCAGUAACGGCACCAACAGCAUCAGCAUGUCGGUUGAGAUCAACGGUAUCGUCUACACAGGUGUGCUGUUCGCCCAGACGCCCGGCCCUUCCUCCUCCUCUUCCUCCUCCUCCUCGCUCCCCUCCUCUGCCUACAGCAAAGGCAACGGCGGCAGCGGCGGCGGCGGCAGCCGGAGCAGCGGCAGCGGCGGUGGCGGCGGCGGGGUGGGGAGCGGCGGCGGUGGCGGUGGUCCCCCCGCUGCCCCUGCCAGCCUGGCCGUGCCCCCCAGCUCUACCUCCAACAACGCUUCGCCUUAAGGCCCCCAGCCCCUUCCCCCUCGCCAGCGCCGGCAGCCGCGGCGGCGGGCGGCAGAGCUCGCCCCGCCAGCCCUCGCCCGG